AUGGCAAACAUUCCCACCCAGAAUGGUACUCCAGGAACCUCCCAACACUCUCAAGACCUGAGGGUCUCCUCCAGUGGGAGUACAACGGCAGUUCGCAAUGAAUUUGAUAUUGAGUUUGAGGAGACUUGUCCGGUAGAAAACAGCUUGAUAGUGUCUGAGAAGGGCCCAGAGACAAACAACACCCGUGGCCUCCAGGAUAAGAAUGUCAAGGAUCUUACUGAUUUUGGACACUUAGGUUCAGUGGCAGAGCCGACACAACCUCAGACAAAUGACGGUGAUGUUCGUGAAAUCGUGCAUCAUGGACUGACUGUCGAAGUGGACGUCACGCAGGAGCAGUCGCAUCAGCAGGCGUUUUCAUCGAUAGAGACCACCAAUUAUUCAAACUCGGAACUGGUUGGAACAGAGCAGGAAUACCCAGAUCCACCAGUGGCCACUAGCCUGGGCUUACCUGAAGGUUAUGUUGAGGCUUUAGGAACUAGCCGCCAGAGCAGUGCAAGAAUGACACCGCCAAUAUAUAGCAACUCAUACACGCACAUCUCUCAGUCAUCUUCAACGAGCGCCUUGGAUAGCACACUGAACGUUGGAGGCGAAUCUCGAGCUGAAAUAUCCAGUUCGAGGAAACAGCUGUCGAGGGAUCUAAAGGCGAGGCUGUCUCAAAUGUGAUGGCUCAACGCCAUACAAACACCACCAACAUGUCAAACAACGCCAUACAAGCAAUCUGGGAAAACAAGGGCUUAGGCCACAUCGCACAAAUGUCUAUAAAGACGGUCCGUCGCCUAGAUAGACUUCUUUUUCUUCUUCAGAUUCGAUAUUCUCGUUGAUAGCUACACUAGUUUAGAUUGAAUAUCAUUCC